ACAUUUCACUCCACAGAGCUUAAUCUCUCUAGAAAUGGCGAGGCUGAGCACUAGUUCUCUAUCUGUUACUCUCCUCCUCUCUCUUUCCGUCGUGGUCGCCUACGCUCACGUCUUCUUCGAAGAGCGCUUCGACGAUGGAUGGGAGAGUCGUUGGGUUAAAUCUGAUUGGAAGAAAGAUGAGAACAUGGCCGGAGAGUGGAACUACACAGCUGGGAAAUGGCAUGGUGACCCCAAUGACAAAGGUAUUCAAACAAGUGAAGACUACAGGUUCUAUGCUAUAUCAGCUGAAUUCCCUGAAUUCAGCAACAAGGACAAGACACUUGUCUUCCAAUUCUCUGUCAAGCAUGAACAGAAACUUGAUUGUGGUGGUGGCUACAUGAAGUUGCUAAGUGGAGAUGUUGAUCAGAAGAAAUUUGGUGGUGAUACACCUUACAGUAUCAUGUUUGGACCAGAUAUUUGUGGCUACAGCACCAAGAAAGUUCACGCCAUUCUUAACUACGAUAACACAAACCACUUGAUCAAGAAGGAAGUUCCAUGUGAAACUGAUCAACUUACUCAUGUUUAUACAUUUAUCCUCCGCCCGGAUGCUACCUACAGCAUCCUUAUUGAUAACGUGGAGAAACAAACAGGUAGCUUGUACUCUGAUUGGAAUCUUCUCCCUCCAAAGAAGAUCAAGGAUCCAGAGGCAAAGAAGCCUGAAGAUUGGGAUGACAAAGAAUAUAUUCCUGAUCCUGAAGACAAGAAACCAGAGGGUUCUGAUGACAUUCCAAAGGAGAUACCUGAUCCUGAUGCCAAGAAGCCUGAGGAUUGGGAUGAUGAGGAAGAUGGUGAAUGGACUGCCCCAACCAUUGCCAACCCUGAGUACAAGGGCGAAUGGAAGCCAAAGAAAAUCAAGAACCCCAACUACAAGGGAAAGUGGAAGGCACCAAUGAUUGACAACCCAGAGUUCAAGGAUGACCCAGAUCUUUAUGUGUACCCCAAUUUGAAGUAUGUUGGCAUUGAGUUGUGGCAGGUGAAAUCUGGAACCUUGUUUAACAAUGUUUUGGUUUGUGACGACCCUGAGUAUGCCAAGCAGCUGGCUGAAGAAACAUGGGGAAAGUACAAGGAUGCUGAGAAGGCAGCUUUUGAAGAGGCCGAGAAGAAGAAAGAGGAGGAGGUAUAUUUUUUAAUUUGGAUAUUUGAUGUAAUUUUAUUGAUCCCUUUUUUGUUGCAUCUGUUUCUUAACUUGCUGGAUUAUGGUUUGUUCAGGAAUCAAAGGAUUCACCUGAUUCCGAUAUUGAGGAUGAAGACGAAGGCGAUGAUGAAGAUGAUUCCGACUCUGAAAAGAAAUCUGAAUCAGACUCAGCUGACAAGAAGGAUGAGGAUGUUCAUGAUGAGCUGUAGGCGAGAGAAGUACAACAAUUGUCUGAUAAAAGAAAGUUUGGAGAUUAGCUUGGGCAUGAAGUAGGUCGGAAAGUUUUUCCCUCUUUUUUAUUUGAUGUAGGGAUUUUUUUCCUUAUUAAUGUCGCAAAAGGGAAAGAUCUUGAAGGCUGCACUGUAAAAUAGUGUGGUCUGAUAGCUUUUACCAUGAUUUUAACUGAGUCGAUUGAAACUGGAGUCCAAUAUUACAUAUGCAAUCCUAAUUGCUUAGUGGUCCCGUUUGUUCUUUUAA